AUGGUUCAUUGGCUAAGGCUGAGCGCAGAAGAAGCAGGCUCGAAGACGCCAGCUGACACGCAGAAAGCGGCGGAUGCGAAGCCGAAGGUUGUCUUCGAAGUCGACAACGAGAAGCAGGACGACAAGAAGGACGACAAGAAGAACGACGAGGAGGACGACGGCAAGACGACGAGAGAGAAUGACACGGAGGCGAACGAGAAGGAGGAGCAGCCAAAGCCAAGAAAGAGGAAGCCGAAGCCGACGAAGGCGGACGAGAAGGACGAGCAGCCGAAGCCAAAGAAACAGAAGCCGAAGCCGACCAAGGCGGACGAGAAGGACGAGAAGCCGAAGCCGACCAAGGCGGACGAGAAGGACGAGCAGCCGCACAAGAAGGAGAAGCCGAAGCCGACCAAGGCGGACGAGAAGGACAAGCAGCCGCAAAAGAAGGAGAAGCCGAAGAAGACGAAGCCGGACGAGAAGGACGAGCAGCCGCAACCCCAAGAGGUCAGCUGGUCCAACCUGCACGAGAAGGCCAUGUGCAAUGGUGAGAUGUCUUCGAGUCCGUAUGUGGAGGGCGGCGAGGUCAUGGUACGCUUCGAAAGCGGGCGAGUUUGGCGAGUUCCCCACCUGGUGCCGGACGACAUCGAGAAGAGAGGCGAGCAGGAGGCGGCUGCCAAAGCGAGGCCCGUGGCGGACUUCAUCCUGCCGUCUGUGCGAGUGAAGUAUGCCAGCCAGGGGACGAAGUCACCGGUCCUCAAGCUGGAAUGCAAAGAGGACCGCUUCGGUCCUUCGAUGGGCCCAUGGAGGCAGAAGCUGCAGUUCGUCUUGAAGGAGGACGCACCAUUGGGAAUGGUUGAGGCCUCCCACGUGAUGCAGACAAUGGCUACGUGCUACGAGAAGAUGAAUCUCAAUGGUGCGGAAAUCGACUUCAGGCGAUGCAGGGACAGCUUGCUCAAGCACGCCAAGGCUGUGAACCACGACUGGGCGAGGAAGCCGAUGUCUUGGGAGUAUGUGAACCAGCAGAAGCUGGAUGGCUUCCCGCUGGCGAGGCCUUCGCAGCGGGCCGGAGCAGCCGCCAAGGAGGAUGACGAGGAGGACGGCGAGGAGGACGGCGAAGAGGAGGAAGAGAAUGCUAUGGAUCCGACAGUGGAAGGUGGCUUCGAGCGGCUGGGCUCCGCGGCCACUGAUCUUUUGACGAACAACGGAGAUGAUCUACACUAG